GGAUGGUCCCCGCCGUGGGGGCGCCGCCGCCCAGCCCGCCCAGUCCCCCCGAAAUGGAAACCAGUUCUUCACAGACAGCAGAGGUUCACAAGGCAUCGAUGCAGGUGUACUUCAUUUUUAAUGGCCACAUGACCAGUCUAUCUACAGAAAGGUUCUCUUCUCUGAAACCAUGCCAGAGAUGACAGAAAAUGAGACACCUACUAAGAAGCAACAUCGAAAGAAAAAUCGGGAGACGCACAAUGCAGUGGAGAGGCAUCGAAAGAAAAAGAUUAAUGCUGGGAUAAACAGAAUUGGAGAACUCAUUCCCUGCUCUCCAGCACUUAAGCAGAGCAAGAACAUGAUCCUGGAUCAGGCCUUUAAGUACAUAACAGAAAUGAAAAGACAGAAUGAUGAGCUUCUGUUAAAUGGAGGGAACAAUGAACAGGCUGAAGAGAUAAAAAAACUGCGGAAACAACUGGAUGAACUCCAAAAGGAAAAUGGGAGAUACAUCGAACUACUGAAAGCCAAUGAUAUUUGCCUGUAUGAUGAUCCUACGAUCCACUGGAAGGGGAAUCUCAAAAAUGCAAAGGUUUCAGUUGUUAUUCCUAGUGAUCAAGUUCAAAAGAACAUUAUCGUCUAUUCAAAUGGGAGUCAACCCAGCGGAAAUAACCAGGGAGCAUCUGUCCAGGGAAUAACGUUUAAUGUUGGUCAUAAUUUACAAAAGCAAACAGCCAAUGUUGUUCCAGUCCAGAGAACUUGCAACCUAGUGACUCCUGUGACCAUUUCUGGUAUUUACCCUGCAGAAAACAAACCACGGUCUCAGAGUACAGUUUCUCCACUGGCACCCACUCAGGUGGUUCCAGCAGGGAACGCUGUUGAACUUUCCAUCACAGAAAAUGAGCAAGGUGUGCUGGCUGCUACCAGCUCACAGAACCCUUCUCAAUCCGGAACAGAACAGGGCCUACAGUGUUCUUCAGGUAACGCACUGCAGAAUGGUCAAAGUCUCCCCAAAAGUAAAAAUGAUGAAGGUGGCUCAAAGUCAACAAAGAAAACAGUCGUGCAGGGAAUCAGCCUUCCUUCCAGUGCCUCCAUGGAAGCUGAGAAAGUUCAACACGUAAAUGCAACCAGCUCAAAAACACCUAAUUCUAGGAACGAAUUUCAGGAAAGCUCUGUAAUUUCAACUACUGGCACAGCUGUUGUGCCAUCUGUGAGACUGUCUGCUGCAGAUAGUUUUUCCUCUGUAAAUGUUCUCAAAAGUACAAACUUAAUAAGUAGUGCUGAUAUGCCCGUGACUUCUGCAGCAGAAGGAAUGAAGGCUGUAACUGUAAUAAGCACUCUGCCUGCCAGUCCCCUGGAGAACUGCUGGUCUUUUUCGGGCUCUACAGGUGUUGUCCCGUCAGACUUGAAAAAUAUGAGUAGCCUUACACGGAUGCCUUCAGCUGGAAACACACAGACCACAUGGACAACUUUGCAGCUAGCAGGAAAUACUGUCCAGCCACUAAGCCAAACACCAUCCAGUAUAAUGACCGCGCUGCUAAGUGAGCCAGUUAACGGGGCUAGUACCGUAUCUCCUGCUCACAGCAGACCUUUGACAACGAGCAUUAGUUUGAAUACUUCUCUGCCUAUAGAUGGGCAGGCAGCUGAACAGAUCGUAGUUACCUUGCCCUCAUGCCCAUCCCUACCUAUGCAGCCAUUAAUCAGCCAACCACAGGUUAAAACUCAGGCUGCAGGAAGUAUCCUUCCAUUAAAUUCAACUAUGCAGGUAAUUCAGAUGGCUCAGCCGGUUGCGUCAGCUGUGACAGGAGCACCAGCGAACCAGAAUGUCAUCAUUCUCCAGCCUCCAAACACUGCUCCGUGUCCUCCAAUUGUCAGAGCAGAAGUUCCUAGCCAGAAUGUCAGUCAACAAAUUGUAAUUAUUCAAGCUGCUAGUCAGAAUCCUCUUCCUCUCCUCUCUGCCCAGCCUUCUGCUUCUCUGAGAGUUCCUGUGAAUGGGCCUGUGGCAGUUGCAAACUCCAACAACUCUGUGCAAAAUGCCCAUCUUCCACAGACUUUUGGAGGAAAACACCUUGUCCAUAUAUUACCAAGGCCAUCAUCUUUGCCAACUUCUAGCUCUACACAAACAUUUUCAGUUACAAUGUCAAAUCAACAGCAUCCCCAAACAAUCUCAUUAAAUGGGCAGCUUUUUGCAUUGCAGCCUGUCAUGUCUUCAUCCGGAGCUUCAAAUCAAGCCCCUAUGCAAAUUAUUCAACCCACCACUAGCGAAGAUCCAAAUACCAAUGUUGCUCUGAAUACAUUUGGUGCUUUAGCUAACCUCAAUCAGAGCAUAUCACAAAUGGCUGGACAAAGCUGCUUACACUUGUCUCUCAGCCACCCUACCAAUCCCACAACUGUCCAUAAUCAGAUUACCACAGUUAACUGUGUGUCAUUACCAGCUUCAGUGCCCCCCUCAGUGCCUCUGGACGGUUCAGUGUUAACUAGUGCAUCUAAUUCAACAAAUGUUUCCCCCAAAAAAGCUGCUGCUGGUUUUCUGUCUAAUACAAAAUCAAAAAGGACAAACAAAAAGCAGAGUACAAAAAAACACCUAGCUACCAACGUUAAAGUUUCCUGUGCAGCAGUUCCUUGUAAAGAUGCAGGUAAGACAGACGGUGCUCCUGUAGAAGCUGUGGCAAAACAUUCAAAGGGUGAGGAGUUGCCUGAGAACAUUCCAGCAGUGUCACAAGCUUUAGCCACGUUGCAGGUGACCGGUGCAAGUAUUUCUCCUUCCAAAGAAGCUGAGUGCUCAGAGCAAACAGUGGGCUCCUGCCCUGCACCAGAGACAACUUUGGCAGAGCUGCCGGCCCCCUUGCCAUUGCAGCUUGCGGUGUCCGAACGGUUGGCACUGGUCCCACCAACUGCCAGGGAUGCUGCUCCUCUCCUGCCAGUGCGUCAGUCUCAGAGCAACCCACUGACCAGCUCAGCCUCAUCAGAGUCUUCCUCCCGCUGUGAGCCCUCUGGCACUCUGGCACCCUCUGAAACUGAAGCACAUGGGACAAGUUCUCAGGUUUCUGGGGCAUCAACAGUGGAGAGCAGCACAGCAGGUCAGACUUCCACUGCAGGAACAACUUCAGAAUCCUGCAACAUUCCGCAGGGUUCUUCAGUUGUCAUGCAAGAUGUGGACUUGUUGGAAGGGCAAGGUCUGACCAAAAUGCUGUCUGAUCUCACAAAAGAAAGAACAGUUGUGGAAAAAAGCUCUUCUUUUGCUGUUCAAGGGGAGCAUUCUAAUUUUCCCAUGGAAAACUCUAAAUCAGUGGAAUCAAAUGUUGAUUUGCCUGAGAAGCAGGAACUCUUGUUAAUGAACACAGAAGGUGAUGCACUCUCACAGCACCACACCUGCGUUUCUGAUCAGGAAGUAGUUAGUGCUGCCCUCAUUGCCAGCAGACAGGCAGACUCCCCGAUGUCAACCAGUUCUGGUAGCAGCCGGGGCUUCUCUGUGGCAUCGAUGUUACCAGAUACCACCAGAGAAGAUGUUACUAGCAACACGUCAACCAGUACGUGCAACAACUGCACAUUUUCAGAACAACCUGACAUAGUUGCUCUUGCAGCGAGAGCUAUUUUUGACCAGGAAAGCCUUGAGAAAAGUGGAGGAGGAAUGCAAGUUAACAUGAGGGAUGCCGUAUCUAAGUCAACUGAGGUUGCAACUCUGGAGAGAGAGCAACAGACUUUUAAAACUCUACCAGUGAAAGAAAGCAGUGCAGGGCCAUUAGAAACAGUGCCAAACAAAUUCAGUGCCCAGGAUACAGUACAAACAAAUGUUGGUAGGCAAGUUGAAAAACCAAGCUGUUCUGUAGGAGGUGUGGAAACCUCCAACUCUUCUUUGCAGAUUUCAGCUUCCCAGUCACCGAGCAUAACCAGUUUAAGUGUGAAUAACCUGAUACACCAGAGCCGCAUCGUCCAUCCCCUCGUGAGUUGCUCAAGUUUAUCCCAGCCUUCAGAGCCAGCAAGCAUUCCUGCAACUGUGGGUCUCGCUCUUCCAUCUGGUUCAUAUGUCAACCCAUCUCCAAGACCAGCUAUGAUGAGUGAGUAUGCUCAGGAACAACUGAACGCUAUUAGGGCAAACUCCAUGCAAGCUCCUCAGCUGCAGGAAUCACGAUUAAAGCAGCAAAAUCACGAAGGUCGCAAGGACUCUGCCAAGCGGGCUGUUCAGGAUGACCUUCUGCUUUCUACAGCAAAGAGACAAAAGCAGUGUCAGACAGCACCUCUAAGGCUUGAAGGGAUGGCACUGAUGAAUCGAACACCAGAGAGUAUUGCUGAUCAAACACAGAUGCUGGUCAGUCAGAUGCCUUCUAAUUCAUCAAGUUCGGUGGCAUCCUUGAGCAAUCAGGGGCACACAGAUGGCCUCAAUAGGCUAUUCCCAUCAAACAGCAACUUUGUAACACCGGCUUUGAGACAAACUGAAGUUCAGUGUAACUCCCAGCCAUCAAUUUCAGAGCAGCAAGGCACAGGAGGGCAGCAUUUGCAGCCAAUUCAGCAUGUUCCCGCUCAAGGCAUAUCUCACCUUCACAAUAAUCAUCCCUACUUAAAGCAGCAGCAGGCUGGACAAUUAAGAGAAAGGCAUCACUUGUAUCAGCUGCAGCACCAUGUCACUCAUGGGGAAAGCUCAGUCCACUCACAACCCCACGGCGUCCAUCAGCAGCGAACAAUACAGCAGGAAGUGCAAAUGCAAAAGAAAAGGAAUCUCAUCCAGGGAACCCAAGCCCCGCAACUUUCUUUACAGCAGAAACACCAUGGAAGUGAUCAGACACGGCAGAAAGGCGGUCAGCCUCAUCCUCACCACCAGCAAAUGCAGCAGCAGAUGCAGCAGCACUUUGGAGCUUCCCAGCCUGAAAAGAACUGUGAAAAUCCUGCAACAAGCAGAAACCAUCAUAACCACCCUCAGAGCCAUAUAAAUCAGGACAUUAUGCAUCAACAGCAGCAAGAUGUCAGCAGCAGGCAGCAAGGUUCAGCUUCUGAGCAUGUAUCAGGGCACAAUCCCAUGCAGAGACUGAUGACCUCCAGGGGUUUAGAGCCGCAAAUGGUAUCGCAGGCAAGUAUUGUAACCAGGCCGUCAGACAUGACCUGCACCCCUCAUAGGCAGGAGAGAAACAGAGUUUCCAGCUACUCUGCUGAGGCACUUAUUGGGAAGACACCCUCUAAUUCAGAGCAGAGAAUAGGAAUCUCUCUUCAAGGCCCUAGAGUAUCUGACCAGCUUGAAAUGAGGAGCUAUAUUGAUGCUUCUAGAAAUAAAGGGUUGGUUAUUCACAAUAUGCAGGGCCGUAUAUCCAUUGAUCAUACAGUUGGCUCAGAUGUACAACGGCUUUCUGAUUGCCAGACAUUUAAGCCAGCAGGACCCAACCAACAACCUGCAGGCAAUUUUGAUGUGCAGGCCUCAAGAAACAGUGAAAUUGGUAAUUCUGUGUCGUCCCUCCGGGGCAUGCAAUCACAAGCUUUUCGAAUUGGUCAGAAUACUGGGCCACCCGUAGAAAGGCAGAAGAGAUUGCCUUACCAGCCAGUACAAGGUAUUCCAACAGGAAAUUCCCUUCCAUCAAGGGAAAAUGAAAAUACAUGCCACCAAAGUUUUAUGCAGAGUUUACUUGCCCCUAACCUUGGCGAUCAAGUCAGUGGAAGCCAGCGAUCGAUCCCAGAACAUCCAAGGAAUACACAGUGUGGUGCAUCGUCCACGAUUGAGUACAGCUGUCCCCCAGCCCGGGAGAGUGUCCACAUCCGGAGAGAUGGCGAUACUCAGAACAGGGAAAGCUGUGACAUGUCCAUCAGUACAAUUAACACCAGGAACAGCUCUUUAACUAUUCCCUUCUCAACUUCAUCUUCCUCGGGAGAUAUUCAGGGUCGAAAUACAAGCCCAAACAUUUCUGUACAAAAGUCCAAUCCCAUGAGGAUGACAGACAGUCACGGAACGAAGAGCCACAUGAAUACACCUGUCUCCAGCAACAUGCACGGGGUUGUGAGGCCAACUCACCCUCACCCUGCAGUUUCUCAUGGAAAUGGUGAACAAGGGCAGCCUUCUGUUCGUCAGCCCAAUUCUUCAGUUACUCAGCGCUCGAGGCAUCCUCUACAAGAUAACAACGGCUCUAAAAUACGGCAGCCUGAAAGGAAUCGAUCCGGAAAUCAAAGACACGGGAAUGUCUUUGACCCUAGUCUUCCCCACCUGCCCCUGUCUACCAGCAGCAGUAUGAUCCUUGGGCGCCAGCAGUCUGCUAUAGAAAAGAGAGGAAGUAUUGUCCGCUUCAUGUCUGAUGGCCCUCAAGUGUCCAAUGACAACGCAGCCUCUGACCAACAUACACUUUCUCAGAACUUUGGAUUCCCUUUUAUCCCAGAGGGUGGCAUGAAUCCGCCCAUAAAUGCCAACACGUCCUUCAUUCCCCCUGUUACUCAGCCUAGUGCCACUCGAACACCAGCCCUAAUCCCCGUCGAUCCCCAAAAUACGCUGCCAUCCUUCUACCCGCCUUACUCUCCUGCCCACCCCACUCUUUCCAAUGACAUUUCUAUCCCUUACUUUCCCAACCAAAUGUUUCCUAAUCCGAGCACAGAGAAGCCGAGCAGUGGAGGUUUGAACAAUCGAUUUGGAUCUAUCUUGUCUCCUCCCCGGCCUGUUGGUUUUGCCCAGCCAAGUUUUCCUUUGCUUCCGGAUAUGCCACCCAUGCACAUGACCAAUACGUCACACUUAUCCAAUUUUAACUUGACAUCUUUGUUUCCGGAAAUAGCCACUGCUCUUCCUCCAGAUGGUUCAGCAAUGUCACCUUUGCUUUCCAUUGCAAACACGUCUGCUUCCGAUUCUUCCAAGCAGCCCUCAAACCGACCUGCCCACAAUAUAAGCCAUAUUCUAGGUCAUGACUGUAGUUCAGCUGUAUGAAGACUGACAGACUGACUUCUAGUCUGAUGAGUUGUUUCUGUAUUUAAGAAAAAGAAAGUGGAUCUUACCGGCAUCCCUGAAGAGACCAGUCGUAUCAUCACUGUUUAUUUGCCUAAAUGUAUGUAUAUGGGUAUCUUCUAUAUCUAUAUACACACCUUUCUAUCCACCUUACUAACUUUAAAGCACCAGUGCCUAUAGCAAUGCUUACUUGCAAAUAAACGGUAAGAAUGCAACUUCAGAGCUGUGCAAAUACUGAUUGUUGAUUUUACAACAAUCAAGCCUGAUGUCUGAUUGCCACUCUCAGUAGUACUUAGAUGUAAAGAGGUGGGAAUAUCCAAACAGGACACAGGAAAACAAGUGCUACAGGUUUCAUUUUACUUACAAUGUGUUUACCUGAGACUAAAGGUGAACUUCAAGUGGCUUAGGUUUUUCUUUUUCCUUUGUAAAAUAUUUUGGGAGCCUCAUAACAAGACAGGUCUCUGCUAAUCUGGUGUUAAUUGAUAAAGGCAUUUGUUGUGCAGCUUUUGUCUGUUUGAAGCUUGUUGCAUCCACUUGAGUUAAGGCUAACUUGAUCUGGCAAAAAUCGCCAUGUGUUUCCAUGGCCAGAAAUUAAAAAUACUGUUCCAGAAAAUUGAAA